CGAACCCUGCAGCAAACGAAACUGCGGAAUCUAAACAAAGCUCUACAAAUAGUGACUGCGUUCGCAAGAAUAUCGCGAUUUAAUUCGUUUUUCUACAAUAAAACAAAAUGUAUUCCAUUGCAUACGGUUGUGAGUUGCUGCAGUUGCCGGUAGGAAGUGAAGGCGAGUGCAACAUACCGCUCGCAAUCGAGCGUUGGACGGGUCUGCUACCAUCGGAGUACUACUGCACCCAGAACGGACGCCGUGUAUUAGCCGCCGAUCAUGGCAAUCUCGUUCCGGAUGUUCCGCUGCGCGUCUGUGAGCGACUUCCGGGCGGAAAGGGAGGUUUCGGUUCGAUGCUGCGAGCCAUCGGUGCACAGAUCGAGAAAACCACCAACCGAGAGGCUUGCCGGGACCUGAGUGGACGCCGACUGCGCGAUAUCAACGAGGAGAAACGGCUCAAAGCGUACCUGGAGAAGCAACAGGAAGCGGAAGACAAUGAACGGGCCAAGGCGGAACGAAAGAUUGCGAAGCUGCUGUCCAAGCCGAAGCACGAGUUUCACGAUAAAGAGUACGAGCACGCUCGGAGUGAGCUGGUUGUGGCGGCCGACGAAGCGAUCGAGGAGGGAUUGCAGAAGGCAAUCGUGCUGGAGAUGGAACAGGCGGUGAAGGAUGCAGUGACGGCUGAAGUGGCUGUAACAACCAAGACGGCUGCUGACACUCAGGCCAAAGACAGUCGCAAAAGGAAGCUGCCGGAUGCGAAGUCUAAGAAGGCACCAGCUAAGAAAGGCGCUCUGUGGUUAGGUGUGGGAGAUCUGAGUUCUUCCAGCGAGACGGAUGACGAUUCAACGGACGAGAGUAGUGAUGGCGCGGUGGCGAAGGGAAAACUGGCUGCGGUGUGAGAUAUUUAUAGGAAAAUGUUAUUAUCAAAUCAUUCACCAUUUUUUUAUUUGUAUCUUUUCUAUACUCCCUCAUGUAGAGAUUAAUUAAGACGAGAAUAUACGUUACGAUGUACAUAAAGCUGCCGUUGUAAUUGUGUAAAGCUUGUGAAGAAUAAAAACAAACUAUUAAGAAGGAUAA